AUGGCAAUGGAGCGACAGGUCUUUCAGGCGAGCAUCGAGUUCUUUGGACCGAAGCAGCACGCCUCAAUGGCUUUGAACUACCCAGAGCCAGAGACUCGAGGAAGGAAGCGACGUAGGGACCCCAUCCAAGUCACGUUCCGCAGGCCUAAUCACAACCCAUCUACUGGGUCGACUCUCCGGGGUCGGUGCCGUCAUCGAUCACCCUCGAGAUUAGCUAUAGCGUCUCGCGCAAACUCGCGUGGCACCAGAGAUGUCUCGUCAUCUGCGUCCAAGCGGCGACUUGUCGCGGUGAUGACGGUCCGGCUUGAGAACCAUCGACGGAGUCAGAGCCCGUCUCGGUCUCGCUCGGCGGGAGAUUCGAACGUGAUGUUAGCCAAGCGUAGGCGACAGAGGACUCAAAGUCGAAGCAGGUCGCACAAUGGGGAAGAGAUGUUCUCUCCAAUCAAGCAAUCUCCGGGCGCCACCAUUGAGCUUGGCUUCCUGUCUGCUAAAGAAGACAAGAAGGAUGUUGGUUUCGACAGUGCGUCGUGA